UAUCCGUUCGUUCCGUCAUGGAUGUCGUACGUUGCGAAAAUCGGUAUGUUUCGGGUACUUUGCAAAGGCGAGGCGUAAAGUCAAUUGUCAUGCCGCCUGGCAGAAGGCAACUUCAAACAUAUCACUUUCAAGGGAUCGCGUGUGGAUUUCGGCUUCUCCGAUAUUCUUCCCCCGCUCCACUUGCCUCUCGAUGCCGUCCUCAGCACGUGCUUACAGCUGUCAGAUCUCCGUAUCGCUUUUGCUUGAGCGAGUGUUCCUUCGCCUGGGUUCUGCAGAGACAGAUGAGCAGUUGCAGGCAUCGGUCUGUAAAUUUUUACCUCCUGUGUUGCUCAAGCUAUCUAGCGCACAGGAGGGUGUUAGGAAGAAAGUAUUGGAGCUUUUGGUUCAUAUUAAUAGGAGAGUGAAGAGCAGGCCUCAAGUACAGCUGCCUGUUGAGGCAUUACUUUUGCAAUACCAAGAUCCAACUGCUAGUUCAUUUAUGAUUAACUUUACAAUAAUAUACAUUAAGUUAGGAUAUCCUAGAAUGGAGAUGAGCAAGCAAGCAGAAUUAGUUCCAAGUGUAUUAAAUGCUAUUGAGGGAAAACCAUUAUCUCACCAAGAUAGCUUAAUGUUGAUCAUAAUGCCAGCGUUGGGACAUAUUAAUAUACCAACAGAUCCUGACAAACGAGCGUCUCUCUUAGGUUUGCAGGACAAACCUUAUGUGGCAAAACAACUCAUAAAUUUUAUGCUCGACAUAUUGCUUUUGCCAUAUGGAUCUGUGGGUCAAACGGAAAAUCAACAGUCAGGUCAACAAUCUAUUGAUUGGUCUCAGUUUACUGUGCCACCUGGUUUAAGCGAUUAUGCGUUUAAGCGAGUAAUCGGCGAAAGUCCACCGACAGCAGAACAACUCGAGCAGAUAAAAUUGGGCAUUGUUAAGUUCCUCGUCGGUGGAUUCUUCCCCGAUGCGGAUAUUUUGAUACACUUAAUUGUAGCAGCUGCAGAUACUAGAUUUAACAUAGCUAAUAUGGCAGAUCUGGAAUUGAAAAAAAUUAUUGGCACAUUGGACUGGUCCUCGAUGCAACUCGCAGCUCCAUUGUACACAUUGUUUCUGGGCACUGAUGCACUAGCGACUCAAAAAGAAGUGAAGCCAGAGAUGAAACGACUUCCUGCGAGCACUCGAAUUCGUCUCAAGCUUUUGCAGUAUUUGUGCCGUGUGACUAAAGCAGGCUUUAUCAUACCACCGUGCAUACAGGUUGUUUUCGAUUCGCUUUAUGGAAAAAAUACAAAUGCCAAACUGAAAUCAUUGGCAUUGCAAUUUACAUCAAAUAUUGUGCAACACUGCAGUCUCGUGCCAUUAGCUCGCGUCGCUGGAGUGAUUUUGAAUGGCAUGAUAAAAUUAAUUUCCGAGGGUGAUGACGCUCAUAAACCAAUGGCGUACACAGUUAUCGGGCAACUUGGUCAAAGAAUACCAUCUUUGAUAAAUAAAGAUCUAAGUUUAUUGCAUAAUUUGUUCGACACACUUGUAUCCACUGAUGGCGAGCUACGACGGACGGUAAGGGACGCGUUAAUUUGCGUAACAUCUGCAUUCGUGUUGAACAAAGAGGACGAGAACAAUAUAGCGUUGAUGAACGCCCUGUUGUCGGUGCACAUCGAAUCACCGGAAUCCAGCGUUAGAUUUGUGGCAAUGCAUUAUGCCGCAACCGUAUUUCCUCCUGAUGACGCUCCAUCUCGGUAUCUCUUGUUAUUAGCGUGUGGUGACAGCAAGCAUGAGAUAAGUACAGAGGCUAUGAAAGCGCUGUACGGUGUUGUGCACAAAAGCGAAGACGAGCAACAUGUUAACAAUAAGAUUGUAUUGCCCGAGUUCGUGAAACUCGUGAGUUACAUUCACUCAAAAAUGCAAUCGAGAAUGCCCGCUGUGAGUAGCGGCAGAGGGAAUGUGGAUAAGCAAGUACUUCCCUAUAGUACCACAACGUUUUCCGAGAUUAUCACUUACCUUCGUGUUUGCCUCGCCAGAAGCGCUAAUAUUCCAAUGCGAAAUGAACCGUUGCAACAUCCUUGUGAACACACUCCUCUGAUUGGACGUUACCUGGAGAACUUGUACAAAGAUCAACGGGAAGUUUUAAAUAAUUAUCUCGAUAUGAUUUUACUCUUAAGCCAUUCUGCCGCAGAUCAAAUUUCCUUAAAUGCAUUAUUGGAAGUGCUUGGAUCUAUUCCGCCUUACAUGAUAGAAUCGUACGAAAAAGAACUACCGUGGCUCUGCACGUUGCUCACGUCCACUAAGCAAGAUGUACGACAGUUAGCUGCAAAAGUGUAUGCCGCUAUUACUGCCUAUCUUCCGAGAAACGAGUUUGAAAAACACGUUUCGGGCAUAAUGGAUAUUAUGAAGAAGAAGAAUUUGGAAGCGCAGCACGGUGCGUUGAUGACGCUAACUUACAUGAUGGAAAGAAGCUUGAUACAACAACGGAGUGAAAAUCGGGAGAAUUUGUGUAAUUGGGCAACUUACAAUGAUAUUGUGAAAUUAAUAUGCACAUAUCUCCACGAUAACACGAUGUUGUUGAUGGACGCUGCUGUUCAAGGCAUCGGCACCUUGGGAAAAACGUAUUCUUUACCUUUGCCAGCAGAAAGCGACAACAAUUUGAAUAAAAAGGCUAUAAUCGAAAUGCUGUUUUCCAUUUUGUCUAACGCUAAAUUGAACACGAAGAUGAAAGAAAAGGCCGCGCUUUCAUUAGGAUACUUGUGCGUCGGUGAAACUUUUCCAUAUACCACGGAAGUCGCUGACAGAAUUAUAGCGACUGUUAAAGAGACGAAGGACAUAGAAGUCCAUUUGAUCCUGGGAGAAGCUUUAGUUUGUUGCGUUCAAGCUCAAGCUUCUCCGGAAGGUAGAGACAUGUGGAAGACUUUACCUGCCGAACACGUCAUUUCGUACAGCAAGGAAAGUGAUGAAUUAUUAAUACACGUAUUGGUUGAAUUACUUAACAUGUGUCAAGUGCCUCAUCCAAACCUGCGACAGGCAGUGUGUGUGUGGUUAUUCGCACUUUUAAAACACAACGUUCAACGAGAAUGCGUCAAGGAAAGACUGCCCGCGAUUCACCAUGCAUUUAUAGAUUUUCUUUCCGACGACAGUGAUAUAGUGCAAGAUAUUGCAUCGAAGGGUCUUAGUUUGGUACAUAUUAACAGCAAAAAGGAAGAACGUGAUACUUUAGUGUCUAAUAUAUUAGAUCAGUUCACACAGGGUCGUAGAACAGUGCAACAAGUUACUGCUGACACCAAAUUAUUUGAAGAAGGCCAGUUGGGAAAAAGUCCAUCGGGUGGCAAUAUAUCAACGUACCGAGAGAUUUGCUCCCUGGCUACAGAAUUGCAGAAGCCGGAGCUCGUGUACUACUUUAUGCACUUGGCAAAUCAUAACGCGAUAUGGACAUCCAAAAAGGGAGCGGCGUUCGGUUUCGCGGCGAUUGCCAGUAUCGCGAGGGACGAGCUGAAUAAAUAUCUGCCUAAUAUCAUACCACGAUUGUACAGAUAUCAGUUCGACCCGACGCCGAAAAUCCAGCAGAGCAUGACUAGCAUUUGGCGGGCAGUCGUCCCUUCUACAACGAAGGCCAUCGAACAGUAUCAUAAAGAAAUAUUGACUGAUGUAACUGAUAAUCUAACGAAUAACGAGUGGAGAGUACGUAUCAGUUGUUGUAAUGCUCUCGCAGAUCUUUUAAGGACAAAUGUACAGUUCAACUUCGCCGAAUGCGGCCCGGGACUGUGGAAGAAACUGUUUCGUGUAAUGGACGAUAUUCACGAGGGUACGCGUUCAGCCGCGACGAAUACCGCCAAGAUACUCAGCAAGGUUUGCAUACGGUAUUGCGAUUCUUCGCACGGUAAUGCAGGAAAAGAAGUUAUUCAAGCGAUACUGCCCGUGCUACUCGAUAUUGGCAUUAUUCACACCGUAGACACGGUGAGAUCUAUAUCGUUGCAAACGGUAUCUCAACUCGUAUCGACGGCCGGCGUUCUGUUGAAACCGUCGCUUGUCACUUUAAUACCUUCGUUGUUGGAGACGAUCGGCGAGUCGGAGAAUCCUAAACUUUCAUACUUGAGUAAUGUGUGUGGGGCGUCCACGGAGACGCAGGAAGCUAUCGAUAACGUUAGAGCCAACGUUGCUAAAGGCCAUUACGCGUCAGAUACGGUAACAAAGUGUAUCCAAUAUAUCGAUGCGGACGUAUUGAAGGACUUAAUGCCAAAAGUAAUAGACUUAGUCAAAUGCAGUAUAGGAUUUGGAACGAAGAUCGCUUGUUCGCAUUUCGUAAUCCUUCUCAGCACGCAUCUGAAAGUAGAGUUACAACCGUAUAGCGCUAAAGUUUUGUCUGCCUUACUCAAUGGUUUGACAGAUCGUAAUGCUGCUGUGAGAAAAAAUAACGCAAUCAGCAUCGGACACAUAGUCGGCUCAGCUAAGGAUUCUAGUCUAGAUAAAUUAUUCAAUACCUUGAACACGUGGUAUCUGGAACGCGAAGAUGACGCAAUAAGAUUGGCGAUCGGGCAGACUUUGCAAUCUAUAAACAAUUACAAUCAGGAGAAAUUGAAGAAUUACCAAAAAAUAGUCAUUCCUUUGACGUUCUUCGCAAUGCAUGCAGAAAAGGUAUCAGGAAAUGAAAGUACAAUCGAGCUAUGGACCGAUCUGUGGAAUGAAAUAACGCCUGGAACCGAAGCAGGAAUUUUGCAAAACUUGAAAUCGAUAACCGAUAUUUUACGCACAGCUUUGGAAUCGGCAUCAUGGACUACAAAAGUACAAGCCGCGAAUGCAGUUUAUACCGUUGCCUUAAAGUCAGGACAUAAUAUCGACAUGGAAGCCAGGAAUACCCUAUUAAAGAUAUUGACAGACGGCUUACGUGGCAGAACUUGGAAUGGGAAAGAACGUCUGUUAAACGCGCUUGCUAUGUUAGCGUGCAAUAGCAAAGAAGCUUUAAACACAGAUACCGCACUGUUAGAUACAAUUGUAGCAACGCUGCACAGAGAAAGCAAAAAGGAGAAUGCGGAAUAUCGUCGAAAUGCGUUGCAAGCGUUCGCUAUGGUCUUAUACGAACUUGACAUUGAUAGGUUUACGGAAACUUACGAGAUUGUACAAGAUAUUUUAAUUAAAGUAUCUGAUAAAAGCAAUGACGAUGAAGACACUGCGGAGGAAAGUAGAAAGAAGAAGGAAAGUAAUAUAAAGCUGCAAGAAACGGUUUAUGAGGUGCUUGGAAAAGCAUGGCCGUCUAAUAAAACGACUCAAGACAAAUAUUGCAUGGAAUUUGUAACUCACUGUCAGAAAGUGUUGCCAAAUAGUACGAGAUCUGUGCAAAUCGCUAUCCUGACGACGUUAAAUCUCUUUGUGGAUAGACUUGUCUUGUUAAAAGUAAGCAAAGAGGAAAUUUUGCCGCAGGAUAAAAAAGUAUUAGAGGAGAUAUGUGAUAGCCUCAAUAAAAUAUUAUUAUAUUGUAUAAACAUUUCGAAGUUCACUAGAAUUAGAAAGGAAGCAUUGAAUAUAGUCCUUUCGUUGGCAAGAAAAAUGCGUGAUACAAAUAACAAUGAACAACUCGACAAGAUGACGCGCGUUUUGAAAGAGCUUCUGCCCGACUUGGUGAAGGAUAAUCAACCAGAAAUACGGACCAGAGUUGUCGACAUUAAGGAAAUGCUUAAGAUUUAAUUAAUGUAAGUAUUUCGAGUCAAAAUUUACGUAUUCUUCACGUACACACACACACAUACACACAUACACACACCGCUCCGCAAUAUGUGGUGUAUUGUCGUUACUGCAGUCGAUCUCGGAGUGAUGACAAGAAAUUCUGAUAGCUACUGUUGCGUGUUUAUUUAAUAAUAUGUUAAUGUAGAUGUGCCUAAAUAUAAUACUCCAUUGCUUAAUAAGAUGUAAUUUAGAACGUAACCUGUUUAUAAAAUUCUUUAUUAUGCCCUGUAUUCAGCAAUGGAUCAAAGAAAUAAAGAACAGUAAUCUUAAUCUU